AUGUUUAUCUCGGCAAGUUACCUGAGGCGAGGAAGAAGGUGGCGAAUUAAGGCGUCAGAGGAGGAAGGGCUGCUGUUUCGUGCCUCGCCGGAGGUUUUUCUGCUGGCGAAUCGAGGCGUCGGAGGAAGAAGGGCUGCUGUUGAGUCGAGCCACCUCGUACCGGUUGCUGUGGAAUCGAGACGCACCGGAAGGAGGCCACGCCAAGCCGCGCCGGAAGGAGAAGGAGAAGGAGAAGGAGGCCGCGCCGGAAGGAGAAGGAGGCGAUCGGAUUUGGAGCUCGUCUCACGUCUGGGCGGCGAGGUGGAGAAAAUGGAUGGGUCGCGACUCGCGAUUUGUUGCUCGGCUGCGAAGUGA